UAUGUCGAUUAUAAUACUGCGUAUGACUAUGGGAUGAUCGAGUCCGAUAAUACUGGCACCGAGCUUAUGCCUGAUUCAACAACCGUUCUGAACCCUAAUGGCGUUGGAAGAGAUUCUGUGAAGCUGGUGUCGAAGCAGUCGUGGACUCAUGGGUUGGUCAUUACCGAUUUGAACAAUAUGCCUGGUGGAGUUUGUGGUGUCGAAGCAAGGCACUGGGAGCUCAUGUAUCUAGGUGAAAUCGAUAUCAUCGGCGGGGUCAACAAUGCUGCUUAUAAUCAGAUGACAUUGUUCACGCAAUCCACGUGCUCCGUCGCAGGGGAUGGACAAAUUGGUACCUCACAAUCUACUGACUGCAGUUCCAGCUCUGGCUGCAGUGUUCUCUAUGACUCGGACCCCACUUCUUUCGGCAAUAACUUCGACAACAACGGAGGCGGUGUCUUCGCCACACAGUGGGAAAGCGAUGCGAUCAGAAUCUGGUUCUUCGAUGAAGGCACCACUCCAUCAGAUAUCACCGCAGGCACUCCCGAUCCAACUCUCUGGGGCGAACCAGUUGCCAAUUUCCAGGGAAGCUGCAACAUUGAUGGCAGCUUCGCUAACAACAACAUUGUGUUCGACAUGGAUUUCUGUACCGUGCUGGCAGAGGCUAACUGGGCGGCUGAUGGAUGCAAUUCUCUUGCUGCUACGUGUCGAGAAUACAUCGCAAGCUUCCCCGAGGAUUUGGAGCACUAUAAUGAUUUUCAGGAUGUGUACUGGGGCAUCAACUCCGUCAAGGUGUACCAGCUCGGCGCUGCGAGUUCCUCGUCUUCUUCUGUUGCCGCUGCUACAUCUACACAAAUCGCUGCCGCCUCAUCGUCGACUGUCGUUCCCGCCGCCGCCUCGUCGACCAGUAUCCCAGCUGCGGUGUCAUCCACCAGCUCUACUGCUGCUUCAUCAACUGCUCUGUCUCCUCUCUCGGCAUACACCUACUACGGCUGUGUCGAAGAAGGCCUCACUACCCGCAUCCUAUACGACGACCAUUUCGUCUACAACCCCAUGACACUCGAGAGCUGCGCCGCCAGCUGUGCAGGAUACGAAUAUUUCGGCACCGAGUAUUCCGACGAGUGUAUGUCCUCCCCAUUCCCCUUUCCCUCACUAUAA